AUGGCCAGUUCUCUAACCACAUGGGUUUUGGACCAGUCAAUAGCGCAGACCUUCCUCAUAGCUCAGAUAGAUUUUCAGAAUAACAUGGACGAGCCUAUUGAUUGGAGAGCGCCAAUGAUCAAUUAUCUUCAACGAGGUAUCCUGCCAACCGACCUUGAGGAAGCACGGCUGGUCAGGAAAAAGGCUCAUGCUUACACCAUGAUAGAAGAUCAGUUAUAUAAGCGAGCGUUUUCCAGGCCUUUACUCAAGUGUUUAAACAUAGAAGAGGCGAGACAUGCCUUACAAGAAAUAUAUCAAGGGUGUUGUGGCAGUCAAGCUAGAGGCAGAACAUUAGCUCGUCGGGUGUUGCUAGCUGGCUAUUUCUGGCCUACCUUACAGAAGGAUGCUCUGCAGCUGGUGAACACUUGCUUAUCUUGCCAGAAACAUCAGAAUCUGACACAUAUGCCCACCUCAAUGCUAAAGACGUCCAUAGUUUCUUGUCCAUUUGAUCAGUGGGGUAUGGAUAUUGUGGGACCAUUCCCUAUGGCACUCGGUCAGAAAUGA